CAAACGCUGAGGUUCAUACUACAGUCUGUACAGCCGAGCAAACCACGCACGCAGCCUACCAUACAGCUUCCUGUACAGCUGCCAGCGCAGUCUGAAAUCCUGUUUAUUUUACUGAUGUGACAACGGGAGCGUGUGAGAGAGCUGCCGUCACGAGCUGAACUGCAGGUCGGCGCAGUUGGCGUUCCUUUGGAGGUAUACAGCUCGACAUGGAUUAUUGGUGUCCGUCCUCACCACUUUGGAUUUAGCGGAGACAGCCCUGCCCUGCGCCUCUUUCCGUCUCUCCUCCAAGUGGGUGCGCAAAGAACAGGUGGAUCCUGAUUCUGUGCUCAGCUUUAUCCACCUCCAUCCACUUUUCACCUUUAUGGGGAACCAGGUGGAGAAACUAACGCAUUUAAAUUACGCAGAGGUGCCAACGUCGGAUCCGAAUGGGUUCGACCCGGACGACGACGGUCCGCGGAUCGGCGUGUCUUACAUUUUCUCCAACGACGAUGGCGACGACGAUCAGGACAACAAUUUGGACCACUUCCCACCAGGCAACCACGCGGUAAACCAUGAAGAGAAGCCCUUCGACCCCCAGGACGAGCUGGAGUGUGCGAUUUACUACCGAGAGGAGUAUGUCUACGAGAGAACCACCGGAACCGUGACUCACUCCGCGGAAAGUCUCCUGAACAAGUGCAGACCCGGAGACCUGCUGGAGUUUGUGGCCACUGGACAGUAUCCGCACUGGGCUGUUUACGUCGGUGACUUCCAGGUGGUCCAUUUGCACAGGGCUGAGAUAAAGAACAACUUUCUCACCGACGUGAGCCAGGGCAAAAAAGGCAGGAUAGUGAACGGCCUCUACAGGUACCGUGCGCUCCCACCGGAGGUGAUUGUGCGUAACGCCCUGGACCAUGUUGGGUCUAGAGACAGAGAGCUAUACUGGAGAAACUCUGAGUGUUUCGCUGCCUGGUGCCGCUUUGGCAAACGGGAGUUCAAAAUCGGAGGGGAGCUAAGGAUAGGAAAGCAGCCGUACAGGUUAAAAUUAAUUUUUUCAGAGAAGAAGAGCCACGUCCUGGAGUUUCAAAGCCUGGAGGACGUGAUCAUGGAAAAGAGGAGGAACGAUCAGAUCGGCAAAGACGCUGUGAUGCAAGAGCUGGCCAACCACCUGAACGCAGCACAAUAAAUCAAAGAGGAGCAUUUUGUCAACAGAUAGUGGAUGCACUGGUCAUCUGGUGCAGAUUUGAUCUUUAGGUUAUGCUCAAUGGAAAAAACCUGUCAUGCUUAAAAACAGCAUGCGUGUUGUUGAGGGAGGAUUUAUCCCGCCAGUCUAUCACACUGCAAACAGAAGUGCAUCUUCAGCAGAGUUAAUAUUCAUCUUUAAAAUCUUUCUUUGCUCCAAAAUGAGUUGCUGAUUUGUAUGGGAAGCAAGUGAAACAUGCACACUGGCAAAUAUCCUCCACCCUUUAAGAAAAAAAUGUACUCACCCAACCCAAGUUUAAGUGACUUGUUAUGAUGGAUACAUUUGCAUUGGAGCUGCACCUGCAGAGUAAUCAUUUGGGGAUGAAUUCAGAAUUUAAUUGCCCAUAAUUAUCUUUCUAAUCCAAUUCAUCUUUGCACAGAGGAGCAACACCCAUCCAAUGUAAACUGACUAAGAGUGCCGAAAGCACUUGCUCCUGUACAACUCAGGUGUUUGGAGAUCAAUACAGAGUGGAAGAGAGUGGACUACUUGCUUUUGUUAUUGUGUGUCAACCUGAGGAUUCCCUUCUGUGGCUUUACAGCCAAUCACCGCACAGCUUUACCCACUCUUUGACUACUUUGUGGAGUGUUUACAGCUAUGACUGUACACUUCUUGAUUCAUCACAGUUUAUUUUUUUGGAAACAAAGAUGUUUGUAUGAAGGAAUACGGAAAUAAAUAUAUAUUUGAACAUUAA